AUGGGAGUUUUGGCUAUGUUCAACAGAUUACAGAUCAAUAUAUUUUUAGGAAUAAUACUUCUCGCAGUUAGCAUAUAUUCAUUAGUUAUACCACACAAACAAAACUCAUUAAUCUGUUCAGAUAUAGAUCCAAAAGAUUGCUAUCCAAAAAGUUUCGUUCCAACUGAUCAGUGGCAAGUCGUACGGGAAGGUCAAGAAGUUCCAGCUGGUUUAGAUUUUAGUAUUGAUCUUGAGAAGGGUAUUAAAUUGGCUAAAUUAAUCGAACCGGAAGUUCAUCAAACUAGUUCUGUUAAUAUUAAAGAUACAUCAGAAGAUACUGCUGCUGCUUUGAAAGAAGCUAUUAAAGAAGCACCAAAGAAAGUCGUUAGUAAUUACGAUUCUGAAGACGUUGAAGAAGAUUCAGAUAUAACUGCACUGAAAAUGGCUGUUCAAGGCGCUGAAACUCAAAUAGAUGUUAAAGAUGCUUUGGUAUAUAUCACAUCAACUGAUCAAUCUGAUGAAGUAUUGAAAAGCUCAUUAGAUUCUUUAACUGAUCAUUCUCAUAACUUGAAAGAUGGUGUUUUAAUCUCUCAACCACAAUAUUUUGAUAGAUUAGUUGAAUUAGCUACUGACAAAAAGCACUCAAUUAUGGUUCAAGAAAUGUCCUCAAGAGUUAUUGCUCAAUCAUUAAGACAUAAUCCAAAAGCUCUUGAAAAUGUUCAAAUUACUCAAGUUUUACCGAAAUUUCUUGCCGUUCUACAAGAUGAAGAUAAUUCAGUUUUACAAAAGAGAAUAUUAGGUGUCAUUUCAAGUUUAGUUCAAAGUGAGGUUAAUGUCGCCAUUUUCAAAAAUUUUAAAGGUGAAUCAAUUUUAUUGGACAAUUUUAGUAAAUUUAAAGAAGACUCUAAAAUUAGAGCUUUAGAAAUUUUAGAAGAUGUUAAAAAAUACAAUGGAUUACAAAAAAGAUCAAAUGAAGAUGAUUUACUAAAUUCAAAAAUAUUCAAAACCAUUCAAGACUCGUUAUCAAAUAAUGAAAUUUCAGAUGACCAUAAUUUGGAGAAAUUAUUUGAUAAAGCUGUUGAGUUGAAAUCUGAGAACAAACAUUAUAAAACAGAUUCUCAAUUUUUACAAUGGUUGAGUAAACAAGUUGAAGAUAGAAAAUUAAACAAAAGAGAUAGUGACUAUAACGAUGAAUUGCACAAGAAAUUGCUCGAGGCUAGACAUGUCGUUUUUGGUAAUCCAAAUGCCUUGAGAAAAGCUUUCGUUGAUGAAUUAUGA